AUGCAGCUUAAGCUUUACGUGAUCAGCUUGAUCAGGUACUUCGGUUUCACAUCCUUGAUUGGACUGGACUCGGUGGACCAGGCGCCUUUACUAAAAGGAGGUAACACCACUGCCGAGGAAACCAGCUCCACACCACCCAUUUUUGUUCCACCGGGUACCGGUAAAGAUAAUCGCAUAAAGUGCAAUUACACGGGAUUGCCCGGCUGGUGGCAUCCGGAUUCACCAGAUCUAAGAGGUGUCUGGCUCCGGAAUAAUAAAACUGGGCAUGAGUACAACAUCACAACUGACUAUGAGACGUCCUGGCCACAGGGAGUACGACGCGAUUACCAUAUCGUCGUUAGUAAUGACACCACUGCGAAUUGGGAUGGAAUCCCCUUUCCUGGGGCAAAGAUGAUCAAUGGAACCUUUCCUGGGCCCUGGAUUCACGUCACUGUCACGAAUAACCUCACCUACAAUGGAACGGCCAUUCAUAUGCAUGGGCUGCGCAUGCUUGAAAAUAAUCUGAUGGAUGGCGUACCUGGGGUUACUCAGUGCCCAAUUGCACCAGGGGGGAGUUUUACAUACAAAUUCAGAGCCACACAAUAUGGCACCACCUGGUACCACAGCCACUACUCACUUCAAUAUAGUGAUGGCAUGUAUGGGCCCCUGACCAUUCAUGGACCCACAUCGGCCAACUGGGAUGAGUCCAUCGACCCAAUUCUCCUGGGCGACCAUAAUCACAGAAGUGCCUUCCAAGACUACUAUCAGGAGCAAUUUUCCGGAAAAUCUAGAGCGCCUCCCAAGAUGACCAGCAUCCUAAUCAACGGAAAUGGUCAUAAACGUUACUUAUUAAGACUGAUCAACACGUCCACUGAUACAACCUAUGUGUUCGCCAUUGACAGCCACAACUUUACUGUUAUUGAGUCGGACUUGGUGCCUAUUGAGCCUUAUGAAACAGACCACUUGGCAAUUGGAAUUGGGCAACGAUACCAUGUUGUGCUAAACACAUGGCCUGAGGAACAGCGAAAUGGGACCAAUGAAUUUUGGAUACGGACUGUGCCAGCUGACCACUGCAACAACUUUGCUGAUCGACUUGACGUACGGCAGGGCAUCCUGUGCUAUAAGGGCUAUAAGUGCGGAUGGCCGACAACAAGUGAGGGUGAAUACAACUACACCUGUCGUGAUGAGCCACCGGAAAAACUGCGGCCCAUCAUUCCAUGGAUAGUGCCUUCUCUUAGGAAGGGCGAAAAGGAUGACAUUGAUCUACCCAUCUCGACGAUCAUGCUUGCAAACUGGUCUCUCCCUGCUGAGCCACCUGACAUACCGUCAGGCCCUGUGGUGAACAACUGGCACAUGAUGAAUCACACCCUUUGGGUGAACUAUUCAGAGCCGACAGUGAACAAUCUUGAUGGUCCAUUUGGCGAUAACGCCGUCGUAUAUCCAGUUGAUAAAAAUCCCCUUCACAAUGAAUGGAACUACAUGGUUAUCAUUGGAGGUAAGGAACCAAACUUGGGUCCUCCAAAGGGAGGUCGAUUGAUCCCUGCUGCGCAUCCGAUUCACCUCCACGGCCAUGACUUCGCACUACUGCAGCAGUCAAAUUAUAUUUACAAAGGUCCAAGUUCACUAAAUUUGACAUACAACAAUCCCCCUCGCCGCGACGUGGUGCUUCUGCCGAAGGGUGGUUUUGUAGUCAUCGCAUUUAAAGCUGACAACCCCGGUGCUUGGGCAUUCCAUUGCCAUAUCGCCUGGCAUGCUUCAGCUGGCCUAGCGUUCCAGAUUUUGGAAAGCAAAAAUGACUUCAAGCACCUGAUGGACAAACAGCCUCACAACAGAAGACAACUCGACAGGACAUGCCGACGUUGGAACGAAUGGCGUUCUAACCCAGACAAAUUCUGGCACCCCAAAGGUCGUUUCCAGGAUGAUUCUGGCAUAUAG